AAUCGGUUGGUGCUCUUCUUUUUUAUUAACUACCAUUAAACCAUCAUUAAUGAAUUUAAAACCACAAUUCUGGGAGAUAUUAGGACCAUUUUCAACCGGAACACGUGAGCAAGAUUUCGGUGCGGAUCCAUUAGAAGCUUAUGGAGGGUUUUCAAAAUUGAAAUAUUCGGAGGAACAAAUAUUUUCAUCAGAAUUAGCAGAUAAUGGGACUGUAAAAUGGUCUAAAAUUCAAUCAAAUGAAGAUGGUUCCGUAGGUCCAAUUAAUUUCAGUAAUAUUAGAUGGAAUUUUAAUAAGAAUUCGUUGGGAUGGUCAAUUUCGCAAUUUCAAUUAUGGGCCCGUGGAUAUUUUACCGUUCCAGAAUCUUCAUCAGAACAUAAAAUUCCAAUUCUUAUACAGUGUCAUAAUAUUGGAGAUUUUUACAUUAAUGAUCAAAGAUUUCAUGGAGAUUGGUAUAAUUAUCGUACAUCUUAUUAUAUACUUUAUUUGACAGUUAAUACCCAAUAUACAAUUAAUAUAAGAGUUGUUAACGAAAUUCGAAUUUUUGGUGAUAAUACUCCACCAAGAAUAACUUUUGAUUGCGAUUUGAGAAAUUUAGAAUUAGAAGAACUGGGUGCAAUGUUUUUACAUGAAAGGAUUAUUGUUCCAGAUUUAGUUAAAGGAACGAAAUUUGCCGGAGAGUAUAUGAGUAUUCCGAUUUUGAAUACAUUGGAAGAUGAAUGGAUUAAUGUUGAUAAAGUUGAAGUUGUUAAUUGUCCUAUAAAGAUAAGAGCUGAAUUAAUUCCCACCUCUUAUGACUCUCUAACACAUGGAAUAAGUCUUGCACCUUCACAACAUCAAAAUAUUAAAAUAAGAUUAAUUUUAGAAGAAUUAUACUAUGAGUCAUUAUUGCCAUUUUCUUUAAAAUUCUCUAUAUCUUUGAAAUCAUUACAAAGUCAUAAAAAUUUUUGGAUAAAAACCACCAAAGAAAUUUUGAUUAAAAAUAAAAAUUUGGAUGAAUUUUAUAAGUUUACUUUUGAAGAUUUUGAUGAAUCAAUACAAUAUGCUAUGAUUAUGCAUCCAAAAAAGCAUAACAAACCAAAUAAAUCUCCUAUAUUAGUAGCAUUACAUGGUGCAGGUGUUGAAGCUAAUGCAGAAUUUUGGACUAAUGCUUACCCAAAACAAGAAUUUUCAUGGAUAUUAUUACCUACAGGAAGAACACUAUGGGGAUAUGAUUGGCAUGGUCCAAGUUUAUUAAAUAUUCAAUAUGCUAUAAAAGCUUUAAUGAAUCCAACUGGAAUUUUUAAAGAUUAUUUAAAAAAUUCUAUACCAGAUUCAAAUAAAUUGUUUAUUUCAGGUCAUUCAAAUGGUGGACAAGGUGCUUGGUAUUUUAUCUCUCAUUAUCCUGAUUUGGUAAUUGCUAGUACACCUGCAGCAGGUUAUGUUAAAAUUCAACAAUAUGUACCAUAUUUUUGGAAUAGUUAUGCAUAUAUUGAUCCUAUUUUAAAAGGAAUUUUGGAUUCUUCAUUAGCAGAAUUUAAUAAUGAUUUAUAUAUAUCAAAUUUGGUUAAUAUACCAAUAUUAGCAAGGGUUGGAGCAAAUGAUAAUAAUGUACCUCCCAUGCAUUCCAGGCAAAUGGUUAGAUUAGUAAAUGAAUAUUCACAUAAUCCAUUAGCAAUAAAUUUAUCAGAAGUAAUAAAUCAAGGGCAUUGGUUUGAUAAUGUAAUGAGUGAUAAUAUUAUGCAAGAAUUUAUGGAUAAAUAUUUAUUAAUUUCUUCUCAAAAAAAUUUUACUCAAUUAAUAUCAUCACAAUUAAUAGAUGAUAAUCUUUUAAUAAAAAAUCCUAUUUUAUUAAAUAAAUUUAAUAUUACAUUAGUUAAUCCUGCAAAUUUUGGAAGUAAAUGUGGUAUUAUAAUUGAACAAUUAAUUAUUCCAUUUAGAUUAGGAAAAAUUUAUGUGGAAAUUUAUAAAGUUUUAUCUGAAAAUAAUUUAUUUCAAAUUAUUUAUUCUCUAAAAACAACAAAUAUUAAAAGAUUUAAAUUCAAGAAACAAGAUGAAAUUAUCAGUUUAAUUCCAUUUUCUAUUGAAAAAAUUUCAAAAAUUUCUAUUGAUGAUAUAGAAUUUAAUUUUAAUUCAUCAUCUAUAAUUCAAAUAUUUCAAGAAGAUUUUUCAUUUUAUAAGAAUGAUAAUGGAAGUAUCUGGAAGAUAUCUAAUAAUAAUACAUGGAUGUAUACACAAAAACAUUCUUUAACAUAUGGCCCAGCUCAUUUAAUUCUUGAAUCUAAAUUUCCAUUACUCAUUAUAGUAGGAACAAUUUCAAUUUCAAAAUCUAUUAAAUUAAAAUUCAUGAAUAUGGCUCAGGAAAUUUCUCAUUCAUGGUAUCUUUAUGGAAAUGGAAAUUCAAUAAUUAUUUAUGAUACGGAUUUAAUUAAUAAUAAUAAUGAAUUUAUUAGUAAUGAAUCUAUUAAAGGAAAUAUAAUAUUACUAGGAAAUGUAUUUGAGAAUAAAGUUACGGAAAUAAUUAUGAACGAAAGAAUUAGUGAUGUUAAAUUUUAUAAAGACGGCUCAUUUCAAUUACAUUAUAGGAAAUUUUCUGGACCCGGAAUAGGAAUUUUAUUUCUACACCCAUAUAAAGUUUCGCAACUUUCAUUAAUAAUUUCAGGGACAGAUAUUUCCGGCUUGGAUCAGAUCUCUAAAUUAUUUCCUAAACGAACUGGUGUCCCAAUUCCAGAUUGGAUCAUUACAGGACCCGAAACAAAAUGGAAAGGAAUUGGUGGUCUACUUGGUGCCGGAUUCUGGAAUAAUGAAUGGAAGUUUAGUGAAGUAAUUGGCUAUUUAGCUUAAUUAUGAUUUAAUUAUGUGAAUCAUAUAAAUGUACAUUAAUUAUUUUAUACGUAUUAAAUAUUAUAUUCUAUCAAAUGAAAUAACAAAAUCAAAAAACUCUAGACUAUAAGAAAUUUCUAAAUUUUUAUUUAUUAUUAAUCCACAAUAUUCCAAGUACUAAGCCACUUUCUACUUUUUAAUUCGCUAGCAGGAUAAUUUAUACCAAAUGCUAUAUCUUUAAAAUACCAAAAUACUAUUACAAUUAAUGAAUAAUAUAUGCCAAAUAUUAUAUUUUUUGUUUUUGGUUUACAACUAACGGUGAAAUGAUCCAUCAUAAAUGCUGCCAUUAACAUUGAGAAAUAUAAUGCAGGAAAAUAAUGAUGUAAAUAUGUAACUCUUCCCAUAAUACAAAACGGUAAAUAAUGUAAUAACCAGCCUAUCCCGCAUACUUUUCCCACAUAUAAAAAAUGGUCCCAU